AUGACUCUGGAGUCCAUGAUGGCUUGUUGCCUGAGCGAGGAGGCGAAGGAGUCGAAGCGAAUCAAUGCCGAAAUUGACAAGCAACUUCGCCGAGACAAGCGAGAUUCCAGGCGGGAACUGAAAUUACUUCUUCUCGGCACAGGAGAAAGCGGCAAGAGCACCUUCAUCAAGCAGAUGAGGAUCAUCCACGGCGCCGGCUACUCGGACGAAGACAAGCGAGGCUUCAUCCGUCUGGUUUACCAAAACAUCUUCACCUCCAUGCAGGCCAUGAUCCGGGCCACGGAGAACCUGAAGAUCCCUUACAAAUACGAACAGAAUCGGUCCAACGCCAUGCUGGUGAAAGAAGUGGACAUUGAAAAGAUCAACGGCUUCGAUCAGCACUACAUCGUGGCCAUCAAGUGCUUGUGGUCCGACCCGGGGAUCCAGGAGGCCUACGAUCGGCGCCGAGAGUACCAGCUCUCCGAUUCGACCAAAUACUAUCUUUCCGAUCUGGAUCGCAUUGCAGAUCCCAGCUAUCUUCCCACUCAGCAGGAUGUGCUCAGGGUGCGCAUUCCCACCACGGGCAUCAUUGAGUACCCCUUCGACUUGCAGAGCAUCAUUUUCAGGAUGGUGGACGUGGGCGGUCAGCGCUCAGAGAGGAGGAAGUGGAUCCACUGCUUUGAGAACGUCACUUCCAUCAUGUUCCUGGUGGCGCUCAGCGAGUACGACCAAGUCCUGGUGGAGUCCGACAACGAGAACCGUAUGGAGGAGAGUAAAGCUCUGUUCAGGACUAUCAUUACCUACCCCUGGUUUCAAAACUCCUCCGUCAUCCUCUUCCUCAACAAGAAGGACCUGUUAGAGGAGAAGAUCUCCUACUCUCACUUGGUGGACUACUUCCCCGAGUUUGAUGGUCCGCAGAGGGAUGCGCAGGCGGCGCGGGAGUUCAUCCUCAAGAUGUUUGUGGACUUAAACCCCGACAGCGACAAGAUCAUCUAUUCCCACUUCACGUGCGCCACGGACACUGAGAACAUCCGCUUUGUGUUUGCCGCCGUCAAGGACACCAUCCUACAGCUCAACCUCAAAGAGUACAACCUGGUGUGAGCCCACCACAAGCCCCGCCCCCUUUCUCUCCUUUUGCACAACCUCCUUUUUCGAGCGCGCUCGACUUUUAACGCAACACACACAAACUCGCACACACUCCCUUUUUUUUGCCCAGCGCAUUCAGAACCCCCCCCCAGCCAAAACAAACCAACAACAACAAAAAGGAAACACCGCCUGCCCCUCUCUUGCGUAUUUUUGUGUUAGAGAAAGCGCUGCCUUGAUGGGCCUGGGACACUCGAAAUUGACCGGAAGGAACGCCGGGGGACGAACGCUAAAAAAACGGGGCUUGGUCUCCGCCUCCAUAUCGAUGAAUGUACCCACCAGUGUGUGAGAAGUGCAAUUGUGGGGGGGGAAAAAAAGUGUAAAUAUAUAGAAUAUUAGAUAUCAGGGGUGUCAAACGUAUUGGAACGUAAAACAAAAUAAUACAGAUAGUUGUCAAUUUAUGAAUGUAAUUCGAUACGAAUCAAACACUGACGGAGCUAGAGGGGGGUCAGCGGGGGCAUUGCUCCCACGUGGAUAAUUGACUUUUGGAUUUUUUAAAAUUAAUUUCUAAAAAUCUAACAUUUAUUUUCACCUCAUUUUCUACACGAGCAUAAAAAUGGUCCCCAAUGCCCACCUCUACAACAUCGUCAUACUUUUUGGAAUUUCAAAUUCAUCUGCUUCCGAUGUUUGACACCCCUGGUUUACGUCAAGGUGUUAAAGACAAAGCACGAGAGGGGCAAGAUCCAAAUCCACUUGAUUGCUGCUGACCUUUUUAAAAAUAAUAAUAAUAAUUUGUCGCUACAGCAAUUUUAGCAAAUUGUAACUUUAAAGAAAUAUUUGUUUGAAAAAUUUCCAUAAUAACUUAAAUUAAGAGAAGUAUCUUUUGGGAGUUUUUUUUGUUUUUUUGGUGCAAUUUAAUUUUAAGUUGAAUGCACAGCUUCACCCCCCUCUAGGAUUCGCAGGGACAAUCGCAAACCUGCCCCCCCCACCCAGGAGAGUCCAUCAACCCCCCCCCCCCCCAAUCUUCUCACUCCACGCUAUCCAAUCAGACGCUUCCUAACGCUGUCGCUCACUCAUUAUUAUAUAUCAGGAUGUGCUUCUGUUUACUUUUUUUUUUUUUUUUUUUACUGUAUAGUCACUUUGUUUUUAAAAGAAAACAAAAAAAACUAUUGCCGUUGUCGAGUGAGGUGUGCAAAAGACGAGCAAUGACAAACCUUCCUCGACAUCUGCAAAUAAGUGUGAUGUAUGUGUAUAUUUGUUUGUAAAUACAUAUACACAACAGCCGUGUACAAAAAUGCUCUGUGGUACACCGUCUUUGGCAUAAACAUGACAGAAGAAAAAAAAAGUUAGCUUCAAAGAUUUUUUUCUCGCUCUAUCAAUAGUAUUGAUACUGUGAUUAUGGCUUUUUGCUGAUGACGAAAGCAGACGUCACAGAGCCAUGUGGUCAAUUAGCAGUAUAUAUAUAAUAUGGUGAUGAUUUUAAGACAUUUUUUUUUAUUUAUCUAAUUUAUGGACCAGGUUUGAAGGUGUUGAUAAUUUCAACUGUUUAAUUAAUAAGGCUUUCUCUUUGUUUUUGCUCACGAUGGAGCCUCACUUGAGUCUGAACUGCUGUUUAAAAAA